AUGGCCGACGCAGCGCCCGCCCCCGGCUCCGUCGCCGAGCAGCACAGCCUGCUGCCGAAGCUCAUGCCCAACCUCGACCGCCACCUGCUGUUCCCGCUGCUCAACUUCAGCAGCGACGAGGACGCCGAGCAGACGCCCGAGCAGAAGCAGCUGCUGCUGGCGCUGCUUAGCCCGACCAACAUGACCGACUUCGUCGGCCAGCUGCACCAGGAGGUGCACGACCUCGACGAGGUGCCCGCCGAGUUCACCGCCAAGCGCGAGCAGGUGCUGAGCAAGCGCGACGAGCUCGAGGCUGCGACCGCCAAGAUCUCGCAGCUGCUGGAUGACGAGAGCGUCGUCACCAACCUGCGCUCCGACAAGGCGCAGAACCUGCAGUACCUGAAGGACAGCCACGGCGUCACCCUCGACGACGUGAACCGCCUAUACGAGUUCGGCCAAUUCCAGUACAGCAGCGGCGCCUACCCGCACGCCGCCGAGCUGCUGUACCGCUUCCGCGUCCUGACCACCGACAACGACCGCGAGCGCGAGGCCACCUGGGGCAAGCUGGCCUGCGAGAUCCUGUCAGUCAAUUGGGAGGCCGCCAUCGAGGAGAUCAACAAGAUCAAGGAGCUGAUCGACACGCGCCUGUUCAGCAACCCGCUGGCCCAGCUGCAGCACCGCACCUGGCUGAUCCACUGGUCGCUGUUCCCCCUCUUCAACGACGACUCCGCCCGUGAGUCGCUCACCGACAUGUUCUUCUCCCCCGCCUACAUCAACACCAUCCAGACAAACUGCCCGUGGAUCCUGCGCUACCUGGCCGCCGCCGUCAUCACCGGCCGCAACCGCGCCCGCAACUCGAACCAGUACCAGCGCCAGCUCAAGGACCUGAUCCGCAUCGUCAGGCAGGAGGGCUAUGAGUACACCGACCCCGUCACCGACUUCAUCAAGGCCCUGUACAUCGACUUUGACUUUGAGGAGGCCCAGAAGAAGCUCAGCGAGACCGAGGAGAUUCUCAAGAACGACUUCUUCUUGCUCGGUGCUGCCGACACAUUUGUCGAUGCCGCGAGGCAUUUGAUUUCCGAGAGCUACUGCAAGAUCCACCAGAGGAUUGACAUCAAGGACCUCUCUACACGCCUCGGCCUGUCGCAAGACGAGGGCGAGAAGUGGAUCGUCAACCUGAUCCGCGACACACGCGUCGACGCCAAGAUCGACUACCAGGCCGGCACAGUCGUUAUGAACCACCCGCCACAGAGCGUCUACCAACAGGUCAUCGAGCGGACAAAGGGUGGCUUCUUCAGAACACAGGUCCUGAGCGCCGCGGUAGCGAAGUGA